GGGUUACUUACUAACUUAAGUCAGAGAUAACGUCCCCUCCACCCCUUGCUCUCGAACUCUUUCUGGACGCUAAAAUGGCGACUUCGGCUCCCCUUUUCAAUCACGUUCAAAUCAAAGGAUGGCCUGCAGUGUUAUCUAAUCGAGGAAAUUUCCAUAUUUCUGAACACUUCAGGAGCCUAACCAAGAGAAAGUCAAAUCGGGUUUCACAACUUGCUCGAUGUAGCUCGUGUUUUAUGAAAGUUGUCGCUUUCCCCAGCAAUGAAUUGUCACAAAUAGAUGCAUCUCUUUCAGGAGUGCCAUCCGAUGUGUACACAGUUGCAGAACUUCUCAAGAUCAGCAUACCAGAGACGUCAUCAUCAAAUGCUGCUAUAGAUUUUAUGCAGAGAUUGAUAUUAGCUGACUUGGACCCCGCUACAGCAAAACUCGCCAUUGCAUUUCUAGGCCCCUUUCUUCCAGCAUUCGGCUUUCUGUUCAUUAUUAGAAUAGUGAUGUCCUGGUACCCAAAGCUUCCUGUUGGAAAGUUCCCCUAUGUAAUAGCCUAUGCUCCCACUGAGCCACUUCUCAUCCCUACCCGAAAGCUGAUACCACCCCUUGGCGGAGUUGAUGUAACUCCUGUGGUCUGGUUCGGAUUGAUCAGUUUUCUUAAUGAAAUAUUGGUGGGCCCACAAGGGCUUCUUGUCCUUCUUUCUCAACAAGUUAGCUGACAUUUUCGAAAGAUGUAGGAAUGAAGGAUGCUUAUAUAUUAACUACUUUUCUCUGCUGUGAAAUGAGGGAGUUUUUCA